UAGGUUUGUGAAUAUUGUGUUAUCAAAGGAUUGGAUAGCAAAGGUAUUAGUUAAUUUUUGACAGCAAUGGAUAGGAAUGAUAGGAUCAUGAGCUAUCUUGGUUUCUUCACUUAGUGUGAAUGUCUUGUUUACUAAAAUAUAUUGUUGCCACUAUAGAGCAUUCAAAAGAUGCUAAUAAAUGGUGUUGAAACAUGGUUGCCGAAACUUACAAUCAAAAGGGCAGUGGUUGACUUUUCCUCACCUAACAUUGCUAAAGAAAUGCAUGUAGGCCACUUGAGAUCUACAAUUAUUGGAGACACUCUAGCCCAUAUGCUAGAGUUUUCAAAUGUUGAGGUUCUUUGGAGAAACCAUGUUGGUGACUGGGGUACACAGUUUGGUAUGCUAGUUGAAUUUCUUUUCGAAAAAUUUCCAAACGUGGAGGUUGUCAAUGAUCAAGCCAUCAGAGAUCUCAAGGCAUUCUAUAAGGCAUCAAAGCAAAGAUUUGACAGUGAUCCUGGAUUCAAGGAGAGGGCACAACAAGUGGUGGUCAGACUCCAAGAAGAAAAUCCGGGUGGGGAAGAGAAGUAUCGAAAGGCAUGGGCACAAAUCUGUGAAAUCAGUCGAAGGGGAUAUCAAAGAGUUUAUCAACGCCUAGGAAUUAAGAUAGAUGAGAUGGUUGGCCAUUUUGUAUGA